CCAAAUUUCUUCUUCCUCCUCCCCUAGGUGUGAGCUGUCUGUUGAGAAAUCAACAGUUCUCCAGUCCGAAUUGGAAUCCUGCAAAGAGCUGCAGGCCCUAGAACCGGAGAACAAAUGGUGCCUCCUCACCAUCAUCCUCCUCAUGAGAGCCUUGGACCCUUUGGUGUAUGAGCGCGAGACCCUCAGCUACUUUGAGACCCUGAAGGCCGCUGACCCCAUGCGCUCAGCUUACCUGGAUGACCUGCGCAGCAAAUUCCUGAUAGAAAACAGCAUCCUCAAGAUGGAAUACGCCGAGGCGCGUGUGGUGGAUCUAUCACAGAGGGGCCUCACCAACCUGUGCCACCUGGAGCACCUCUUGCUGGUCACCCACAUGAAUCUGUCAGAUAACCACCUCCGCUGUUUGCCCCCCUCCCUGGCUAUGAUGCGCUGCCUCGAGGUGUUGGAAGCUGAUGAGAACCGAAUCGAGACCCUAGAAGGGCUGCCCCCGCUCCCUCGCUUGGAGGAUCUCUCCCUCUGCAACAACCGCAUCCAGCGACCCUCUGACCUCCGACCUCUGGCUUCAUUCCCAAAGCUCACCCAUCUCAACCUGCGAGGCAAUCCUCUCUGCCAAGUCCCGGGUGUCCAAUCAGAGCUUGCCGUACUGUUGCCCAGUGUGGCAACCAUUCUCACCUGAUUGGCUGGAGGAGACCCACUUCAAGCUGAUCCUUCCCCCACAAUGCACUGCCACCUUUAAUUUAUUGGAAUGAAGAAAUAAAAAAAAACAGUCGAGAGGAAUUUAUUGGAAUGAAGAAAUAAAAACAAUCGAGAAGAGAA